AUCGCCUUGUGAUGUUAGUUAGCGCGCAGUCUGUGUGGAGUUGCACAGCAAAUUGUAAGAUGUUUGUUAAAGAUGCUUGUGAAGAACUUUGCACUAUUAGCAAAGACUCUCGUGUGUGAGUGUGAGUCUCUCAAACGGGAAGAGUGCAUCGCAUGCUCUGUCAACUCUAUGAUAAAGCAGUUCAUGGAAAUCAUUUGUUGAAAUAAUUUAUGUUUUUUAUUGCGGAGUGAUCUGCAGCAAGGAUGUCAGCGCGUCUCGAACCUCAAGUCAUGCUUUAACUUUUAAAAACAGUCAUGGAGGAGCUGGACCCGGAGGAGCAGUUCCUCAGGGAUGCCAGGAACGGGAACCUAGAAGGAAUCCGGAAGCUUUUGAUGUCCAAGAUAAAGGAGGAGGCCAAAAUCGACAUCAACUGCAAGGGCAAAAGCAAAUCUAAUCAUGGCUGGACUCCUCUUCAUCUGGCCUGCUACUUUGGGCACAAAGAUGUUGUUGAGACAUUACUGAAGAAUGGAGCAGAUGCCAAUUUGCCAAAUAAUGUCGGAGACACACCUCUCCAUAAAGCAGCAUUCACCGGGAGAAAAGAGGUUGUAAUGUUGCUUCUUCAGUAUGACGCUUGCGCUUCUGUCAUCAACGGCAUGGCCCAGAUACCUAAAGACAUUACCCAGAGUGCUGAGAUUAAAAGCAUGUUGGAGGCUGCUGAGCGGACUGAAGAGAGGAAACUAGAGGAGCAGCUGCUUGAGGCGGCGCGGGAAGGAGCCUUGUCUACCCUCACAAGACUGCUAAACAUGAAGAAACCCCCAAACAUAAGCUGUACAGACUUGUUGGGCAACACGCCGCUGCACUGCGCCGCUUACAGAGGCCAGAAACAGUGCGCCGUCAAGCUCCUUCAGCACAAGGCCAACCCCAACAUCAAGAACAAAAUCGAUCAGACUGUUUUUGAUUUGGCUAACGAUGCAGAAAUGAAGCAGAUCAUUACAGGAAAUGUUAUGAAAGGCAUGACGCGACAUGUUAAAAUGUUUGAGGGGCCUCUUUGGAAGAGCUCGAGGUUUUUUGGCUGGCGCUCCUACUGGGUAGUUCUUCAGGAUGGAGUCUUGUCAUGGUACCCUAAACAGUCAGAUGCAGAUUCAAACACUCACCGGCAAGGUUGCAAACCGCUAACACAAGCGCAGAGCAUGAUUAAAGCGAAAGAUAACUGCUAUUUCACAGUCCGGUGCUUUGACAACACUGUUCACCAUUUCAAAGUGUCACAGACGAACGACCCCGAAUCUACCAGAGAAAGGUGGCUUGAGGCCAUAGAGGAACAUUCAGCCUUUAGCACUCAUUACUGCUCACAGGACCCAGAGAGCGAGGAAGAGGAAGACAACGUUGUGUCUGUACAUGAGCUUUCUGACUCCCUUCAGCGGGCCGAGGCUUGCCAUCAGAAACUGGAGACGGAGGUGUUGGCUCUCCUGUCCAUGGUGAAAGAAGAUGGCCUGGCAGAACGAGUCCCUGCAGCAGUUGUUCAGAAGCUGAAGGAGGUCUGUGAAGCCUCCAGUGAAACCUGCUCCUCACUGCACCAGUGUCUAGGGCUUUUUUCCAAACAGGAAGGAGCACGCAGUUUGAAACUGGAGCAGGAGCUGGAGAAGAAUAAGAUCCUGUCGGAGGCUCUGCAGACGCUGGCCACUGAACAUCAUGAGCUGGAGCAGUCGGUGGUUAAAGGCUCGUCGCCCCGCAGCGUCCUCAGCGAAGACGAGUUCCACGACGCUCUGUCGGAUUCAGACUGUGAGCCUGUGCUGAGCAGUUGUGAAACAGCUACCCAUUCGUACGAAGACGGAGAGGACUUCAAUUCCGAGCUCUUCUGCAGCAUCUCGAGUCAUCUCAGCGGCAGGAUGUCCCGGGAAGACCGUCGUGGAGAGGAAGAGGACGACGAUGAGGUGGCCAGUGUUAACGGAGUGAAGAAAUACAGGACAAGUUUACCAGCGCCCAUGUUCUCCAGAAAUGACUUCAGCAUCUGGAGCAUACUGAGGAAGUGCAUUGGGAUGGAGCUGUCUAAGAUCACCAUGCCUGUUAUUUUUAAUGAGCCGCUGAGCUUUCUACAAAGAUUAACAGAAUAUAUGGAGCACACGUACCUCAUCCAUCAGGCUAAUGCUUCAGACGACUCUAUUGAGAGAAUGAAGUGUGUGGCCGCGUUUGCCGUAUCAGCUGUGGCAUCUCAGUGGGAAAGGACGGGUAAACCCUUCAACCCCCUGCUAGGAGAAACGUACGAGUUAGUCAGGGAUGAUCUUGGUUUCCGGCUGAUAUCAGAACAAGUGAGCCACCAUCCUCCCGUCAGCGCCUUCCACGCAGAGGGUUUGCAGAAGGACUUUGUGUUUCAUGGCUCUAUCUACCCCAAACUCAAGUUCUGGGGCAAAAGCGUGGAGGCCGAACCUAAGGGCAUCAUCACUCUAGAACUUCCCAAGCAUAAUGAGGCAUACACAUGGACCAACCCCACGUGCUGUGUCCACAACAUCAUCGUUGGACAGCUGUGGAUCGAACAGUACGGCAGUGUGGAGGUUAUCAACCACAGAACUGGUGAAAAAUGCUGUCUGAGUUUCAAACCGUGUGGGCUGUUUGGGAAGGAAUUACAUAAGGUUGAAGGCUACAUCCUGGACAAGAGCAAAAAGAAAGUGUACAAUCUUUAUGGGAAAUGGACGGAAUGCAUGUACAUAGUUGACCCAGCUUCAUUUGAAACUCACAGGAAGAAUGAUAAGAAAGCAUCAGAAGACAAGAAAAGCAGUAAACAGACAUCAGACGCAGAAGAAACACCUCAGCUAGGUGGAGAUUCACUAGAGGUUAUCCCAGGAAGUCAGUUGCUCUGGAGAAUAGCACCUAGACCAGAAAACUCUGCCCAGAUGUACAACUUCACUACAUUUGCAAUGCAGCUCAAUGAGCUGGACAAAGAGAUUGAAGCGGUCAUCCCAAAAACUGACAGCAGACUGAGGCCUGACAUUCGAGCCAUGGAGAACGGAGAUAUUGACCUGGCCAGCGAGGAGAAGAAGAGAUUGGAGGAGAAACAGAGGGCGGCACGUAAGAACCGCUCUAAGUCGGAUGAUGAUUGGAAGAUGAGAAACAUCAGCUCUGGCCCCAGGUGGUUUCAUCAAGGUCCAAAUCCACACAACGGCUCUCAGGACUGGCUGUUCUCCAAUGGUUACUGGGACCGUGAUUAUUCCCAAUUACCAGACAUCUACUGACCUACAGGAAUUGUAAAUUGUAUAGUCAAGACUACUUAUAAUGUCACUAUAAAACUGCACCCUGUGCUGGUUGGCUAGGUAAACAUUUCAGAUAUCAUAAAUAAUACACCGUUUCAAGAAAGAACUUUAUUUAAACUCACUAAUAUGCAUAUGUAAUAAUCAAAGGUUUUAGAAACUAAAGGUUGUGACAUAUCAUGGAGAUGAUAAUCACAAUUUGGGCUUGAUAUAGUAAUAUCAGUGUACUGUUAUAGCAAUAAUGGUUCUGUUUUAGUCUUAAGAAAAAUGUCUUAUGAUUUUUUUUUUUUUUUUAGAUUUGUUAACUAUGGUAGAUUUUGGGUGUCCCCCAAGGCUCAAUUCUGAGUCCGUUUUGUUUUCAGUUCAUUGGCUUAAAAUUAACUUGGCAUUUCUUGAGUUGGAAAAUUCCCACAGCGUUGAGUGUGGAAUGUGGUUAAAAAAACUGCUGGGUGUUAUACUUUUUACAAUUUAGAGUUUCUAUUCUCCACACACAAUACAGUAUUAGGACAGUGUGUCUAUUUCUGCUGCUCUUUCUGUUGUGAUGUUGAUUUUAAUUUAGAGAGAUGCCUCUGUGGUUAACACCACGGUGAUAUAAUAUAAUAUUGAAUAUAUUAUAUAUCCUAAUAUAUUGACUAAUAUGCUUUGUUAUAUCAUAAUAUAACAAUCUUAUUUUAAUUAUGUAUUUAUCAUGAGUUAGUUAUUCAUCUAUUUUUACAAUUUUAAAGUAUAAAGUUGGUCAGAAACAUGAAGCUGUAAUGACCACUUGAUGUGGAUCUACUUUUAACCCAUUACCAGUUUAUUUUCUGUGUGUACACGUGUGUAUAUUUUCUUAUCAAAAUAAAAAUGUCUACAGAUGA